UAAUCGCGUGAUCUCGAGGACUAAGUUCUCAUCAUGCGAAGUCACCACACCCUGAAGCUGUUGCAGAGGCCUAAAAGCCCGCUGGCGUGUGUGCACUGGAUUGGAGAGAGAGCGUCACAUUCCACGUCAAAUUGGGAAGUCAACCCGCCCUCGGAUCCCGGUUUACAGUUCUACCGGAAUCGUCAGCUGGAGUUGUUCGCAGGGAGAGAGACUAAGCGGCUUUCUCUUCGACAGUUGGUAUUCUUUGGACGAGCCAUGGAUCCCGAGCGCCUCCUCAAAAGCGCAAAUUACGUCCGACAGGAACUGCCUGUCCGUCUCGCUCACCGCAUUCGUGACAUGCAAGCCUUGCCAUUUGUAGUAGUGACCCAAGAUUCUGUCGCUCAAGUCUACGAGCUGUACUGGGACGCGUUUGAGAGGUCAGAAUUACGCGUUCGUCAGAAGAGAGUUGUAUACAACGGUCUCAUCAGGUUCCGUCGAUUCCCGCCAGUCAAUGACCUGAGCCAAAAUGAAAAGUUUUGCGCUCUGUUGAGGACACUGUUGGAUGCUCACGCUGGCGUGAUACCCCGCCUCUCUCUAGGAUUAUCUCUUUCAUCGCAUCAUCUCUCUCCAGAUCACCUCGAUUCCUUCAUGAGAAGAAUGCUCGUUUCGCGCAUAUCACGGCGAGUUCUCGCGGAGCACCACAUUGCUCUUACUGAGUCCCUGAAGGGAAGUACAAGUGAAAAUUCAAGGAUGGGAAGCCCGCCUGGCGAUCACGUAGGAAUAAUCUAUACCAACCUUAGUGUGCGGAAUAGCAUCGACCACUGUGUGUCACUGCUCAGAAAUGUGCAUGAGGCAGAGGUGGCGAAUGUAGACAAGGUCAUUGACUUCCCAGACGUGAUCGUUGACGGACACAUCGAUGCACGGUUCUCUUACAUAAAGGAACAUUUGGACUAUGUCAUCUUUGAACUUCUGAACAAUGCCAUUCGGGCAACGCGCACCUUCAAGUAUCCCUCCGACCAGGAAUCACGACAACGCAACGUCCGCGUAACAAUAGUAGCAUCAACUGAUGACAUCAGCCUAAGAAUUUCGGAUAAUGGUGGUGGCCUCUCAACGCCGGACCCAACAAGUCUAUAUUCAUUCUCUCACUUGCGUAAUGCUGCACGCCUUGAAAGCGAGCGACUCGGCGCUUUGAGAGAUGCCGUGGAUGCUAGUUCGCAUCUGAAGAGAGGCAUAGUGGGGACAAUUGGGGAACAACUGAAGCGGUUACUCCCAGUAGAUAAGGCGGCUCAGAUUCUAGCUCAGCACGGAGGAUUAGGCGCGGCGGGGCUCGGGACUGGUGCCACCGAAGCAAAGCGCCUGGAAUCCAGUCACGAUCGGGGGCGUGAGCGGAUAGGGCUUGGCUUGCCAAUGAGCAACAUAUAUGCAACUUAUUUUGGGGGGUCAUUGUCGCUUACAUCACUAGAUGGAUGGGGUACAGAUGUGUACCUUCGACUACCAAAACUUGGCACCAAUCUUGAAGGGGUAGAGGUGUGAAGCAAGAAAGAGUCUUAUCCACAACCUACUUGCUCAGUCAUAACCUAGUUACCGAAGCUGCCUCUGAACCAGGAAAGGGAUGGGUUUUUUUAGAAUAGCCUUUUAACGCAGCGAUGCACGUCCCCAAAAGGGGUUCACCCUCUACUCUACUCAACCUAGUGGCAUAUUGGCUUCGAUCCUGCUCAUGUCCCUAUGUUCGCAUCAACAAGCCCCCAUGUGCAACGAUGCUGAUAACUUUACUCCACGAAAUCUGGCUACCACCUUUGGAAGCCCGGUUUCCAGCCGUGCCGUGCACUG